UGACCAAACUUUCCCCCAAAAAUACAAUGAUUGACGUCUCUAUCUUCUUCUCUCUUUUUUUGUUAUGGUCGGUUUGACGUCUCCAUCUUCACACCUUGAGCUAUCUAAAUUUCUGAUUUCUUCUUGCCAUUUUCUCUGGAAUUGGAAGAGUUGAAGGAUGGUGAGUCAUUUGAGAAUGGCACCGCUUGUGGGGAUUCUUGCUUUGGGGAUUGUCGCUGGAAUGGUCAAGACAGCAGAUGGCGCAGCAGUCCCUCCGAGCUCGAUGGCGAAGAUCAGAAGGAUGAACAGCCGAGGUCCAUACGCGGGAGUAAUCGUGCCCAACUCUUUCGAGAUGAGCCCUCUUCUCCAAUCUCCGAGCUUUCGAUCCGAUCCGAACUUCCCUUACUUGGAUAUCUUAGGAAGGAGGUUUCGAUUUGGGAAGGUCAAAAAUAAGAAGGUAGUCAUUGUCAUGACUGGAUUGAGCAUGCUCAAUGCAGGCAUAACCACAGAAUUGCUUCUCGCUCUAUUUGAUGUGAAGGGAGUGGUGCACUACGGGAUUGCAGGCAAUGCAAAUCCUCAACUCCAGAUCGGAGACGUGACUAUUCCACAGUAUUGGGCUCACACCGGACUCUGGAAUUGGCAGCGAUUUGGUGACGGGCCCGACGAUGAGCUAGCUUUCGAAUCGAGCGGGGACGACACGAGGGAAUUCGGGUAUCUCGAAUUCGACGAUUACAACAACGCGACUAGAAAUGGGGAGGGAGUGGGAAAUUUUCUGAACAGGGUGUGGCAUCAGCGCGAAGAGGUCUUCCCGAUCGACGGCGUUCCUGAAGUCAGACAGCUUGCCUUCUGGGUUCCGGUUGACAAGAGCUACUAUAAAUUAUCGACCAAAAUCACGGAUUUGAAGCUAGAGGCUUGUGUCAACUCUUCAACCUGCUUGCCAAGAACGCCAAGGGUGGUGAUGGUGGAGAGGGGAGUGAGCGCCAACGUGUUUGUGGACAACAGAGCUUAUAGGGAGUUCUUGAGCUCCAAGUUCAACGCCACUCCGAUCGACAUGGAAAGUGCCGGCGUUGCUCUGGUGUGUCGCCAGCUCGGCACGCCCUUCAUCGCCUUCAGGUCUCUCUCCGACUUGGCCGGCGGCGGCUCCUCGCUCUCCAAUGAGGCCACCACUUUCGCCUCCCUUGCUGCUCAGAACGCCGUCGAUGCCGUGGUCAAGUUCAUCUCCCUCCUGGCCUCAUAAUCCGCCAAUCAACUUUUGCUUUCUUCUACCGUUGAGGAAAACACUAGUAUUGAUCUUGGCCCUCAAAAUAAGUGCGUCCCUCGUGUUCUAGGGUAUGCAUUUUGUCGAGUCGAGUAAAGCUCGAGCUGUUAUAUACUCGAGCUCGAAUCGCAAUUGUUUUAGUUUGGGAUUGAAUAGUCCAAUAAUCGAUUUGAACGGUGGCCGGACACUGUUACACACGACUCAGGUGUUCAAUAAGCCUAAACGGCCCAUGGUUGCUGGUCUGCCCGGUCGGGUAUUGAUCUGCCUUUGAUUUUUCGCAAAAUUUGUAAGUCAUUUUAAGUAUCAUAAAUAUAUUCAUAAAUACUAU